AGAGAGUAUGCAAAGAAACUAUUCCAAUGGCUAAUAAGUAGAGAGAUGGAGAUACCAAUGAAUCCCAAGUGUCCAACUUUACAACCAGACUUCAUACCCCACCUUCCACUUUUUUCCAUUCCAGAUAUACAAACCAGCAUAUAAACAUCCAUCAGGCCCAGGCAUAUUGAACCUUAAGAAACUAAAACCUUCUCUCUUUCUCUUUUCCCUUUUCUUUCUCCUUUUCUUUUCUUUCUGCAGCUGCAACUACAGUCUCAGCAGGCACUGAGAUACCUUACAGUUGAUAUAAACAAAUAAAAAACAGAACCCAUUUCUCACUUACUGUUGUAUUUCACCACUGCACUUUCUCUCAUCCGCAUGAAACCAUUUUCUCUCUUAAUCAUAUCAUAUGGAAGAGUCAGAUGAGCCUAAGACUACCAACAAAUUCAACAACAAAACUGGGACUUUCAAAGCCAGGAUUAACCCUCAUCAUCCUCAUCCUCAUCCUCAUCCCCAUCUUCUUCAUCAUCAAUAUCAGCAUCAUCAGCUAUGGCAGUACUCAAAUCAGUAUGCUUUUUGUAACCAGAACCAUUUCCAAAGAUGCUGUCCUGUCCUUCUUCCCCUUCCCCUUCCUCUUCCUCUUCCUUCUCCUAUUCCUCUGCAACUUGCUCUUCCUCCAAGUAAAACCACAAGACCAAAGCCCCAUUUGCAGAAGCCUUCUUGUAAGCUCAGUAAUCCUCCUUUAGCUGCCACCUCUGAUACCCAUGUCCCAAUAAUAAAGAUUUCUCCAGCUCCAGAAGGGCUACGACUGAAAAGCAGUUUGCCACUUAAAGGAGAAAAUGGAAAAGUGAGUCAAAGUAAACCAGAAGUAUUAGUGGCUGCAAGAAGACCAGAUUCUGGAGGUGUGGAAGGGCCAGUUAUUCCUCUUUUAGCUAACCAUUUCUUAGUUCAAUUUGACCCUUCACAACGUAUUUACCAUUACAAUGUAGAAAUUUCUCCCAACCCUUCUAAAGAAGUUGCUAGAAUGAUUAAACAAAAACUUGUCGAAGAUAACUCAGAUUUGCUCUCUGGGGCGUCUCCUGCUUAUGAUGGCCGCAAGAAUCUUUACAGCCCAAUUGAGUUUGUCAGAGAUAGGCUUGAGUUUUAUGUCAGCCUUCCAAUUCCUUCCAGCAGGAUGAAAGUUAGUGAAGGAGAGAUUGAACAUAAGCAAGCCUUUAAACUCUUCAGGAUAAGUAUUAAACUUGUUUCAAAAUUUGAUGGGAUGGAACUGAAUAGAUACAUGACAAAAGAGGGAGAUGAUUGGAUUCCAAUUCCUCAAGAUUAUCUUCAUGCCUUAGAUGUUGUAUUGAGGGAAGGCCCAAAUGAGAAAUGUAUACCUGUGGGAAGAUCUCUGUAUUCAAGUUCAAUGUGGGGAGGCAAAGAAAUUGGGGGAGGAGUUGUUGGCUUAAGAGGUUUUUUCCAAAGCCUUAGACCCACACAGCAAGGCUUAGCUAUGAAUGUAGAUUGUUCUGUCACUGCUUUCCAUGAAAGCAUUGGAGUGAUUCCUUACUUACAAAAACGUCUUGAUUUUCUUAGAGAUCUUUCUCAGAGGAAGACAAGAGGUUUAACCAUUGAAGAAAGGAAGGAAGUGGAGAAGGCUUUAAUGCAUAUCAGAGUUUUUGUUUGUCACAGAGAGAGUGUUCAAAGAUACAGAGUUUAUGGCUUAACAGAUGAGCCUACUGAGAGUCUCUGGUUUGCUGAUAGAAAUGGGAAGAAUCUAAGAUUGGUGGGUUACUUCAAGGAUCAUUAUAACUAUGACAUUCAAUUCAGGAAUUUGCCUUGUUUGCAGAUUAGUAGAAGUAAGCCAUGUUAUCUUCCUAUGGAGCUUUGUAUGAUUUGUGAAGGGCAAAAGUUUCUUGGGAAGCUCACUGAUGAACAGACUACUAGAAUGCUGAAGAUGGGUUGCCAGAGGCCAAAGGAAAGGAAAGCUAAUAUUGAUGGUGUAAUGCAAGGUCCUGUCGGGCCAACCAGUGGGGUCCAGGGAAGAGAAUUCAGCCUCCAAGUUUCAAAGGAAAUGACCAAAUUAAGUGGGAGAGUUCUUCAACCACCCAAGCUAAAGCUUGGCGAAGGUGGCCAGAUUCGAGAUCUAAUUCCCUCCCGCCAUGACCGACAGUGGAACCUUGUCGAUUGCCACGUUUUUGAGGGAACGAGAAUUGAGAGAUGGGGAUUGAUAAGUUUUGGUGGUGUCCCGGAUCAGAGGUCAAACAUUCCUAGAUUUAUAAACCAGCUCUCAAGAAGAUGUGACCAAUUAGGCAUAUUUCUCAACAGUAAAACAGUUGUACCACCUCAAUUUGAAUCAACCCAAGUACUCAACAGUGUCUCACUGUUGGAAUCUAAGCUUAAGAAGAUUCACGGAGCUGCAUCUAACAACCUUCAGCUCUUGAUAUGUGUGAUGGAGAGGAAACACAAAGGCUAUGCUGAUUUGAAACGCAUUGCCGAGACUAGUAUCGGCGUUGUAAGUCAAUGUUGCCUUUAUCCUAAUCUUGCCAAGUUGAGCUCUCAAUUUCUGGCUAAUUUGGCUCUUAAGAUUAAUGCCAAGGUUGGUGGUUGCACUGUUGCUUUAUACAAUUCGUUACAUUCACAAGUACCUCGACUGCUCCGAAUGGAUAAGCCUGUGAUCUUCAUGGGUGCUGAUGUAACUCAUCCUCAUCCCUUGGAUGAUUUCAGCCCCUCCAUAGCUGCUGUGGUUGGUAGCAUGAAUUGGCCAGCAGCAAACAAGUAUGUCUCCAGAAUGAGAUCACAAACACACAGACAAGAAAUCAUUGUGGAUCUCGGAACAAUGGUCGAAGAGCUGCUCGAGGAAUUUUAUCAAGAAGUGAAUGAAUUGCCAUCACGAAUCAUAUUCUUCAGAGACGGCGUGAGUGAAACCCAAUUCUACAAAGUGCUUCAAGAGGAAUUGCAAGCUAUAAAAACAGCCUGUUCUAGGUUCCACAAUUAUAAACCUCCUAUAACUUUUGCUGUUGUUCAGAAGAGACAUCACACAAGAUUGUUCCCAUUCAAAGUCGAUCCAUCUUCGAAUCAAACUGAGGUUCUUGAUGAAAAUAUUCCGCCCGGGACAGUCGUUGAUACCGUAAUUACUCACCCAAAGGAAUUCGAUUUCUAUCUAUGCAGCCAUUGGGGGGUGAAGGGAACAAGCAGGCCUACACAUUAUCAUAUCUUGUGUGAUGAGAAUCAAUUCACUUCUGAUGAACUACAAAAGCUAGUUUACAACUUAUGCUACACAUACAACAGGUGCACAAAGCCUGUUUCAUUAGUACCUCCAGCUUAUUAUGCUCAUCUUGCUGCUUAUAGAGGCAGACUUUACCUUGAACGAUCCGACUCAACAACUCAUACUCGAGGAAUAUCCACUGUCUCUCGAGCUGCCCCUCCAAAAACAAUGCCUCUACCGAAACUUAACGAAAAUGUUAGGAAACUAAUGUUCUACUGUUGAAAAUCUGUUGUAACUUUCAUCGACUGAUGCAACCAAUGUAUAUCUUUGAUGCCAUUGAUCAAAACUGCAUCCAGUCCAAACUACCUCACCCAAUCAACAUGCUUGUAUUCCCCUAAUAAAUGGCAACAUUUGAAAAUUUGAGAUCUA